UCUCCAUUUACUCGAGCCAAUAACAAUGUUUAGAUUGAGUAUCGUAUGCACUCUGUUCGUGUGUUGCUUGUCCCCCCAAAAAGUAGUAUUUAUUGGUAAAACCUUUCACCAGAAGAUGGCUAGUUAGCUGUCGACAUCAACUAACAAAUGCGUUGCGCAUUCAAAAUGACAGCUCGCCGCUUUGAAAGGGAAUGUGAAACCUGCGUAUAGGUGUCAACAAGAUUUUUUGUAGUUGGAGACUUUUAUAUAAUUCUGUUGCAAUAGUUAGGUGACGAUUAUUUGUCCUCUCUACAUAGUCAGUCUGCAUGGAGCCCGACUUUUCUUUGUCAUGUCCCUCCUCCGUAGUGCAAUGUUUGGAUUUUCGACGUGUCUGUGAUCAUUCCUGGGUCAGUGAUUGGUAACUAGUAGGAUGACAACGUCAGUUUUGGUGUCCCUCCUGCGUUCUCCAACAUGGCCUACUAUAUGAUAUGUUUUGUAGAGACGGCAUUAUUGCUCUAAAUACCAUGAUUGUUGCUACAUUUACGGCCGAUAAAAUAUUUUUUGCUGUCUAUCGCUGUGGCAUUGAUGCUGUUGUAUAGACGUUUUCUGAUGAAUCCAAGGAGGUUAGCCUGCUAACAGUCGGAACAGGGAAGGUUAGAUUUUUGUUAUGUCAGCUCAGCCGACCUCUUACUGGCCAUGUCUCAUUCCACAGCAAAGUGGAUGUUGUUGUUUUGACUUGUCGUCAUGGUUCAUGGCUAAAGGUUUCACCGCAGAAACCGGUUUAAUAACGUAAAGGCGACGGAUGUUGCAAAGUCACAUAAUUGCAUUGAUCGAGUAAUAGCCUUUCUGUAAAUCCUGCCUUCACGUGACACGGAAGCUGUUGGACUGCGGUUUUUCCCCAGGGAAUUGGAUGAUCUGAUCGCGGUUUCCAUGGUGAUGGACCCUCCCGGUGGGCGAGACGAGCGGCGUCGUCAGGCGGAGCGUCUUCGACGGGAGGAGGCGUACUAUCACUUCAUCAAUGAUCUGAGCGAGGAAGAGUACCGCCUCAUGAGAGACAGCAACCUGCUGGGCACACCUGGUGAAGUGACAGCGGAGGAGCUACGGCAGCGCCUGGACGGGGCAAAGGAGCGUGUGUCAUCUCAGCCCCGCCCUGAACCACACCCACAGAACACGGAGGCUGGAGAGGAGGAGGGGAGCAGCGGUACUGCUGAGACGGGAGCAGAGACAUCUAACGGCGACUCACUGCUGGAGUGGCUGAACACGUUCCGACGCACCGGGAACGCCACGCGCAGCGGCCAGAGCGGCAACCAGACGUGGCGCGCGGUCAGCCGCACCAACCCCAACAGCGGAGAGUUCCGCUUCAGCCUGGAGAUCAACAUCAACCAUGAGCAGCCGGAACCAGGGGAGCACAGUGACACCCCCGACCCCUCAGAGUUGGCCCCUGUCCCCCCUCCAUCCACAGCCUCCAUACACACUUCCCCCUCCACUCGCCCCUCCCCCUACACCCCUGCCCGGCCCUCCCCCUACACUCCUACCCGGCCCUCCCCCUAUCCCUCACCUCGAGCUACCCUGGGCAGGAGGGCUCAGACCCGCCGUACACGCAGUACUACCACCACCCCCCCUCUGACUCCUGCACCCUUCACAUCACCCCUGACCCCCCCUACUGCUUUAAGAAGUACAACAGCCCUCCACCUCCCCCCAGCCCCAUUCCCCAUAACCCCCCCUACCCUUCAGGAUCAAAGCAGCCCUCUACAGCUCCAAUCCCCAAGCGGAGCUUCCUCCCCAGGUGAGAGGCAGGAGGAGGGGGUUCCUACCCUGGACUGCCCCCGUGUACCAACCCAGUCUGGCCCCCAGGGGGCGUCUGUGGGUCAUGAGCCACGCAGAAGCAGGACUCGAUCCCGCGGCCGGAUCCGCAGGGCUGCAGCAGGAGGUGGGACUUCCUCCCGGUCGUCUAGGAGACGUAGCCGCUCCCCUCUUCAGAGAAACCCUGCCCCUAACUCAGCUACCUUGUCCCCUAGUGGUGGGAGUGGAAAUAGUGGCUCUAUUGAUGGCCACACUGCCGAGCCCGGCAACGGAACUGCUUCUGUCUCCAUGGAGACCGGUGAGGCCUUGUCAGAGCCGGCUGUAGUAGCAGAGGCUGGUCCAGAGGCAGGGGAGCAGGAGGGAGAGGCACACACGGCCGGGGCGGGGGGUGCAGGAGGGGUGCGGCGCCAUCCUACCAUCAUGCUGGACCUGCAGGUGCGUCGCAUCCGACCGGGAGAGAACCGGGACCGGGACAGCAUCGCCAGCCGUACCCGCUCCCGGGCCCGCGCCGCCGAGAACACUGUCACCUUCGAGAGUGACAGCGGAGGCUUCCGGCGCACCAUCUCCCGCUCGGAGCGGGCCGGGAUCCGGACCUACGUCAGCACCAUCCGGAUCCCUCUGAGGAGGAUCAGUGAGACGGGCCUGGGGGAGCCCAGCUCCACCGCCCUGCGCUCCAUCCUCAGACAGAUCAUGACUGGCUUCGGAGAGCUCAGCUCCCUCAUGGAAACAGAGGCUGACUCUGAGUCCACUGGGGGCACGCCAGGUCACCAGGACCCUGCAGGACCCAACGCUAACGCUAACACCAACACCACACAGGCCUACCAUAGCCACGGCAACGAGAGUGGAACUGGGGCGGAAGGCCAGGCAGGAGGGGCGGAGAUGGAGAGAGAGGGAGCAGCAGGGGCCGAGGAGGAAGGAAGAGGCCAGGAGAGGUUAGCCGGGAGUGACGGCGGCGCCGGGGGAGUCCCCACCCCCAACGAGGGUCGGCCGACGAGCAGAGACACGAACAACCUGGUGGAGAAUGGCACACUGCCCAUCCUGCGGUUGGCACACUUCUUCCUGCUCAACGACGAGGAAGACGAGGAACACCCUCGCGGCCUGACCAAAGAGCAGAUCGACAAUCUGGCCACACGCACCUACGGCCAGGCCAGCCUGGAGGGGGAGGCGGGGCGCGCCUGCAGCGUCUGUAUCAACGAGUACGCCCAGGGGAACAAGCUGCGCCGCCUGCCCUGCGCCCACGAGUUCCACAUCCACUGCAUCGACCGCUGGCUCUCUGAAAACAACACCUGCCCCAUCUGCAGGCAGCCCAUCCUCCCCGUGCACCAGGACUGACCCUGCCCUGACCUUUGACCCCUAGAACCCCCUCACCCCAGACCGCCACCGGCUACACCUCGCCACCUUUUGGUCGAACUGAGCAUGCCCGAGCGGAGUGGACGGUGCAUGUACAUAGCUCUUUAAUGUUUUCAUUUAUCAUUGCGAUAUCCAUUGAGGCGGGGAGAAAAAACCUAUAAAUGCAGAGAAUAAACAAAGCUUUAUUUUUUUAGACUUAUUUGAUUUUCAGCACGAUUUUUUGUUUUUCUUUUCUUUCCUUCUUGUUUCUCUUCAGCCUCUCUGUCAUGAUGCUUCUGAGGUCCACAUGUAGAGAUAGGACUUAUGCUAAUGAGCUACUAUAGCCAGCUGCUGCUCCUCUUCCUGACGCGCUGUGACAUCACCCUGUCACAACCAGACUACAGCAAUCAGUCAGACACAUCUCUGGACCUGAUUUGGUUGACAAUGUGUAGAUAUGUCACCGCCGCCUGUGUUUUGGGGUUCAGAAGAGAAAGUCCUCCUCAGUCGCCUUGCAUUUUAAAUAAAAGCUAAUAUUGGAAUCCUCCAUUUUUAUAGCUCCAACAUCCCUUUCAAAGUGUCCUCUAUGAUUUGAAGCUGUUUGGACAAAGGCUAUUGUGUAUUCUAUAUGACGUUUUAAUUACAUUUGUCUGCCCACCUGUUCAGUAUAUUUAAACCUAGCCAUCUAACCCCAUAGAUCCACAGUGGAUGUUCAACAUUUCAUUUCAAUCCGUUACAGCCUUUGACACAAAAAUAUUAGUACCCCAAGUCAGAAAGAAAUGUCUAAAGACAUCUAAAGCAAAAGAUAAUCAAAAGUGUGUGAGGUAAUUUAGCAGCAAGCACUUGUAGUAGGACUCGUCUGAUAUAGAGACAGGCCAAUAAUUUUCAUGAUAGAUAAGGAGUUGUGCAAUAUCAUGGAGGGAAGGAAGGACUGUUUUUAAAAAACGUUAUAGUGCUGUUCUUCCUUGUUUACUCCUUGGCAUCGAUGAUUAGUUCAUCUGUUGAGAAAUGGAGAGGAUCUGCUCAGUAGUAUGCUGUCCCUCUACCCUCAGUCUCCUAGAGAUACCCCUUUUAAUGAAACAUUGGAUCACCCCCCCACUCCUCUAACGUCUGUGUUUUAAAGUCCCUGCUCUGGUAGAACCUGCCUGUCAUGACCUGAUUUCGAUCACCUAAGUAACAGUUCCAUGUUCACAAACCUGAAAGGAAUGAAUAGGUGAAAGCAAAAUGGUUCCGCCUCCACUCAGCCAUUUUCUACAUCUAUCCAAUCCUUUCAGAUCAGUGAACAACAUAUUUCUUCCUCCAUUAGCCUGGCCUAGAUCUCAAUUGGCUCUCCCUGCAUGCAGUAUCACCCUGUUACCACCAGGGGCAGUAUUCACCACAGUACAACAUGGUGAGAACUGGAGGCCAGUGGUAUUGGUGUCCAUGUAGGGCAGGGGUUUUCUGUGAUUUUAAAACUGACUUUUGUUAUGCAGACCCAUGAGACAGGGGUGUGAUACGGGAAAUAUUGCUCUUUGUAUACUGAAGAAUCUGAGCGUGCGUGCAUUGUGGAGCUGUGAGUGUGAUGAAAAGUGUGUGUGUGGUAGAGCUGAAGGAAGUGACAAAACAGAAUGUCCUAAAAUGAUUGAGCAGUAUUAAUCAGUCACCUGAAUGUUAAUCUAAGACCGAGUGGGAGGGUCCGUGGCCAUCGAAUUCUGAAUUGAAUAUUUAUUCUGUUCCUAUUUAAUGAGAUCAAAAACAACCUUUGAGAUAUUGAAUACUUAUUGUUAUGUGAUGAGAUAAAAAAAAAAAAACUGUUAAAAUGAAUAUGUAUUCUGUUACUAUGUAAUAUAAAUAAACAAGGGUUUUCUUCUCUGCUCCUUAACAAUGGAUGAAAUACAGAUGUGUUAAUGCCUGGA